AUGGAGUACAUGUACGCGCGCGGAGAGGGGGAGGUGUUCCAGGAGAGUCUCCGCUGGCUUGGUUCCUCCUGCGAGACACUGACCAUCGCCGGCGCCCUCGCCGUCGGAAACUUUGCCCGCAACGAGGUUACCUUGCAAGACAGUGACGUCAUCAGAGGACCCGUGUUCGAGACGCAGCCGCCCUCUACCGUCAUCUUCACGAACGACACGGGUGUGCUGCUGCGCUGCUCGGCCGCCGGAACAUCCGGCGACAAGUUCAGCAUCUUUGCGACAGGAGAGCUACAUAUCAGGAACGUCAGCAUCGCUGACGUCACAUACGCCUACAAGUGCUCGACGAAACAUAUCAUCACCGGAGAGCAGACAGACAGCGUGAGAUCUGGAAGGCUCCGACUGAGAGAAGCAUUGAAGGUGACGACGGAACCGACACUACAGACGGUCGACGUCGGCCGGUCGGCUGCCUUCACCUGUCUCGUCGCCGGAUAUCCGGUCAACGAAGUCACGUGGUACAAGGACGGCGAGAGGCUGCGGUCGAGUGACAGCGUCGUCAUGGAGAUGGACAGGGUGGUGCGAAUCACGAGCGUGGCGAGGGAGGAUGGCGGAAUGUACCAGUGCGUCGCAUCAAACGAGCGGGAGACAGCUGAGGCAACGGCCGAACUCAAACUAGGAGCUGCACCGCCCGCCAUCACGUCCGGCUUUGGAGAGCUGACCAUCUACCGUGGCUCGGCCGUCUCCCUGCAGUGCCAAGCGUCCGGCAACCCGCCCCCGCAGAUGCUCUGGACACUCGAUGACCUGCCGAUCACAGGCUCCGACCGCGUGACCAUCACGACCUACCGGCUCGACAACGGAGACGUUGUUAGUUAUCUGAACAGGAGCAACGUCCGCGUGGAGGACGGUGGCGCCUUCCAGUGUACGGCGAGAAACCAACAUGGCGCCGCCGAGCACAUGGGCCGCGUGAACGUGUUCGGUCCGCCAUUCAUUCGCCCGAUGCCCGACAUCACGGCGGUGGCCAAUAAGAACCUGACGAUCAAGUGUCACGUGAGCGGACAUCCGAUUGAAUCUGUCACGUGGGAAAAAGGGGGAGCGCGGUUGCCGACAAUCACAGGCAGCAUCCGUCAGCCGAUGGGAUGCUGGUGGUGGUGAGAGUGUGGUGGAGGAUGUGG